CGGCGGGGCGCCCGUGGGGAGCCGCGGGCCGGCGCCCGGCCACCCCCCAGCACCACCCUCCCGGCCGCGGCCGGGCCGGCCAGGACGACGCGGCGGCCGAGCUGUCCUCCCGGGGCAGAAGAUGAAUAAUCUUUCAUUUAGUGAACUGUGUUGCCUCUUCUGCUGUCCACCUUGCCCAGGGAAAAUUGCUUCAAAAUUAGCGUUUUUACCACCUGAUCCGACUUACACGCUGAUGUGCGAUGAAAGCGGCAGCCGCUGGACCUUACACCUCUCUGAGCGAGCGGACUGGCAGUACUCCUCCAGGGAAAAGGAUGCUAUUGAGUGUUUCAUGACUAGAACCAGUAAAGGCAACAGGAUCGCCUGCAUGUUUGUGCGUUGCUCACCCAGUGCCAGAUACACCUUGCUCUUCUCACAUGGAAAUGCUGUAGAUCUGGGCCAGAUGAGCAGCUUUUACAUAGGCCUGGGGUCCCGGAUUAACUGUAACAUAUUCUCCUACGAUUACUCUGGGUACGGCGCGAGCUCGGGAAAGCCAACAGAGAAGAACCUCUAUGCGGACAUCGAGGCUGCUUGGCUUGCUCUCAGGACAAGGUACGGCAUUCGCCCGGAGAAUGUGAUCAUAUACGGCCAGAGCAUAGGGACCGUGCCGUCCGUGGACCUGGCCGCUCGCUACGAGAGCGCGGCUGUCAUCCUUCACUCGCCCUUGACCUCAGGGAUGCGCGUGGCUUUUCCUGACACCAAGAAGACGUACUGUUUCGAUGCAUUCCCAAACAUUGACAAGAUCUCGCAGAUCACCUCCCCGGUGCUCAUCAUCCACGGGACGGAGGACGAGGUCAUCGACUUCUCGCACGGCCUCGCCCUCUUUGAGCGCUGCCAGCGGCCUGUGGAGCCGCUCUGGGUCGAAGGCGCAGGCCACAACGAUGUGGAACUUUACGGACAGUACCUUGAAAGGUUGAAACAGUUUGUGUCACAGGAACUGGUCAAUUUGUAAGAUGCUCUGUACAUUUGCAUACUGAUGUUUCUUUUCUUGCUGAACUGCACUGUUUGGUAAAUAACGUAAAACCUGAAGGUUUUGUUUGCAAAUCAUAUCAGCUGCCUUUAUAAAUGUACAGGUAAUGAUUUGUUAACAGACUUAAUGAAGGUUUUAAUUACCAAAACUAGAAACUGGAAAUAACAAUAUCAUGCAGUCAGGCUAUAAUUUAUAUUUUUUCUGUGAAUUUUUUUUAAACAUCAAGAUAAGUACUGUAUGAAAUUUUAAUUAAUUCUAUAAAAUCAAAUGCUGUAAAAGUAUUGCCAAAUGCUUUUGCAUAUCAAAAAAUUUAUAAGUAUUUUUAAGACAUCUCAAUGUGCUAAAUCUUAUCCUGGUAUAUAUAUGUGUAAUAUUCUUUCCAGAAAAAAAAUGUAUAUCAAGUAAUUCAAGUACUCAGAAUA